AUGUCGACUUCAGAGGACCAAGAGUUGAUGGCCAAGAUCAGCCAGUUAGCCGGCCGCAUUAAUCGCCACAAGGCUCAACGCGACGGUCUGAAUUCUGAUCUUAACAAGACCAACGACAUUGCUUCUCGAGGUUCCCACCGCGCUGCUCCAUAUCCUCGUGGAGGCUAUCGUGGCGGGCGUGGCAGAGCUCUCCCAACCUAUCGCAACAGGUCUCUAGUUCUUAACAGCCAACCCAAAUCCGCAGCCGAUGCCAAGGAUGGUGCCAACGAGCCAUCCGACCCAUCCACUCCCGCUUCGGCCUGGGUCACCAAAACGGACCGUCAUAUGCAGCUGAUCAACAGUUCCGUGUACGAGAAGGAGACACAGCAACGUGCCAGCGCGAUAGAGCAGACAUUUCGCCACCGUCAAGCCCAGAGGAAUAAGCGUGAGACGGCUGCCUUCAUGAAUAGCAUACUGCAAAACGGUCCCGGGGGUGCCGGCGGUGGUGGGUUCGGGUCUGGGCCUUCCCACAACCCACCCGCCUCGGCCUCACGAUACGAGGUAGUGGUGGAUGGCAUUCGAUUCCAUGUCGUGCGACAGGGGAGCAAGCUCGUCAAGGCGCCCGACGACGUGAAUCCCCCCGCAGCCACUCCGAAGGUGACGUCAAUCGGCGGCGUCAAGUUCCAUCGAACCAAACACGGCAACUUGGUGCGACAUGGCAUCGUGAAAGCCCAGCGAUUCGCUGGUGGCGUCAAGAAGGUCGACGAGCAAUGCAAGACCUUUUCAUGGACCGGUAUCGUCUUCCUCACAAAAAAAAAACCUGUCACGGACAAGCCCAUCUCGCGACCCGAUGAAGGACUGCGGAGUGGUUCGUGCCCCAAGGGACCCCGAUGCCGUUAUCUCCACGAUGUUUCGAAAACGGCCAUCUGCCGAGACUAUCUCGUAAAGGGGGCUUGCCUCCGAGGCGAGGAUUGCGACCUGUCGCAUGAUGUUACCAAAGAGCGGACUCCGCUCUGCCUGCAUUUUGCGAAGGGCAAUUGCCACAACCCUUCUUGCUCGUACGUGCAUGCCGAGCAUUCCCCAACAGAUCCGGUGUGUCGAUCGUUUGGGAUCUAUGGCUACUGCGAGAGGGGAGCGCAAUGCGCCGAUCGCCACGUGUUCGAGUGCCCCGACUUCAGUAACACGGGUGUCUGCAAGCUCAAGGGCUGCAAGCGACCACAUAUCGAAAGGGCAAGUGUCCUUCGAAAGACGAACAAUCGCCCGUCUUCCGAGGAGAUGGAGGAUCUGUCUAGCGAUGACGAGGACGCGGCAGCCGACAGCGACGAUAUCGACUCGGAUGAGGUCGAAGAGUUCAUUGGAAGGGACGGCGACGACAACGACCUAGAUUUUGCGGAGCAGAAGGAUUACAUCGAGCUAAGAUGA